AUUAGCUAUAUCAAACAACCGUAGCUACAGCGAAAAUGCACCACACAUUUUAGCCAAUCAGGUCGCUUGGGGUUCAUGACCGAAAUCACCCGAAUAUAGUUGUGACAAAAUAUUUACGGUGAAUAAUUUAAGUUUACACCGUCCAAACAUGGCGACUUACUUGAAGGCGGCUAACGACAUAUUUUGGAGCCCGAGCUUCUGGCUACCAGAAGGUUUCGUGUGGAAAGAUCUCGAGCCUAAGGACAGCGAAACUUAUUACCCCCGCAUCCAAGAUGUUAACUGGUGUGUCGUUGUCGGGGUCUUCUUACUCGGCGUUCGUUACGUUUAUGAAAGGCUCAUUGUGGUACCAAUAGCAAGAAGGCUGGGAGUAAAGGAAACAAAGAAAUCCAUCGUCCCAAAUCCUGUGCUUGAAUCAGCAUUUAGUAAACACAAAGGCAAAAUCACCAAUGAUACCAUACAGGCAUUGAUAAAACAAACCGACCUCACAGAGAGAGAGAUACAAAGAUGGGUUUUUCGGCGCAAAUUUCAAGAUGUCCCUACACAUAUGCAAAAAUUCAGAGAGUGCAGCUGGCAUUUGCUCUUCUAUCUUUCUGCUUUUAUCGGAGGUCUCAUAACACUAUGGGAUAAAGACUGGUUUUGGAAGUCAAAAUAUUGCUUCAUAAAUUGGCCAUAUCAGCAUGUUGGUAAUGAUUUGUACGUUUUCUAUCUCAUGGAACUGAGUUUUUACUGGAGUCUUCUCUUUUCUUCUCUACACGACAUCAGGAGAAAGGAUUUUUGGGAAAUGACAAUCCACCAUGUGAUAACGAUAAACCUGAUUUAUUGGUCGUGGGUCGUCAACUUUGUUAGAAUCGGAGCCCUUGUGAUUAUCGUCCAUGAUGUUUCCGACUACUGGAUGGCAUUAGCAAAGAUUGCCAAGUACAGCAAAAAGCAGACAUUAUGUGAAUUGCUAUUUUUAGCAUUUGUGGUGGUGUGGACCGUCACUCGGAUUGGAGUUUAUCCAUACUGGGUUUUAUAUGCUGCUGCCAUAGAUAUACACAAUUACGUGAAGCCAUUCCAAGUUCACCGUAUGUUUGUUUUUCUUCUGUGCACCCUGCAAGUUCUCCACAUCAUCUGGACGUACAUGAUUUACAAAGUUGCCUUCCAGAAGUUCACAACAGGAUCAAUUGAACGAGAUAUUCGUAGUGAUACUGAAGAAGAUGAUGACACUGUUACCGAGCCGACAGACGAAGACCUCCGACAGUCUGUGAUGAACGGAGGGCCAGCCACUCACCUCAGACACAACAACAGUUCCGCAGCAAAUAACUCUGCAUAGAAUGACUGUUCCGCAGCAAAUAAUUCUGUAUGGAUAUAUCACCAUGUCCACCGUAUUGUUUAUUAUUUACACUACCCAAACUCAAACAAGGAACAUACCUUGCUGUUUUUUUAUAUUUUGUGUCAUAUUGCAAAUAUUAGACAAGUAUUUACUAGUUGUUGGAGGGUGGGGGGGAGGCUGUUCAGUCUAGUAUUAUUGGUUUGUGUGUGUGUGUUAUAUUUAAGAGAGAAAAGUGUCAAGCAAUGAUAUUCAUCUGUUUUUUUAACAAAAGGACAAAUCAUUGCUGUUUUUGACCAUAAAUAUUUUGCUGCAUGAAAUGAAUGAGGGGUUCAGCCUGUUAUUAUUUUGGGUGUGUUGAAUUUCAGAGAAAAAAAUAUUAAGCAGUUUUUCACUUUGUUGAAAAUGUGGAUAAAGUUUAAAUAUGAGUGGUUUUUUUUAGAUGCACUUCCAUAAGUCAGCGGGUUUGGAUGGGGUUUUUUUUGUAAGAUUACAUCUGAGGCUUUUGUUAACAGUAAAUAAAAUGAUCUAUGAAUGUUAUUGCAGACAAAAUGUGGGAACCCUUGUUUUGUUUUCGUUUUGGUCUUUUAUAGAACUGGUAAUUUAUUCUCCAUUAGUUUAAAAUGUGAAAGGUGCGACCAUAUUCUGGGACCUCAGUUCAUAAUGGCCUUGGGUUUUCUGGAUCUUCGGUAAAUAUCAAGGAAAGUUCCACAUGACUGAACUCAAAUGUGAAAAUAUAGGACCUUGGUUAAUGAUAUAUAAUAAGAAUGUGAAAAGAUGGGACUGUAUUUGGUGAUAUAUAUAAUAAGAAUGUGAAAAGAUGGGACCAUAUUUGAUGAUAUAUAUAAUAAGAAUGAAAAGAUGGGACCGUAUUUGGUGAUAUAUAAUAAGAAUGCGAAAAGAUGGGACAGUAUUUGAUAAUAUAAUAAGAAUGUGAAAACAUGGGACCAUAUUUGAUGAUAUAUAAUAAGAAAGUGAAAAGAUGGGACCGUAUUUGAUGAUAUAUACUAAGAAUGCGAAAACAUGGGACCGUAUUUGAUGAUAUAUAGUAAGAAUGCGAAAAGAUGGGACCGUAUUUGAUGAUAUAUAGUAAGAAUGUGAAAAGAUGGGACCGUAUUUGAUGAUAUAUAGUAAGAAUGUGAAGAGAUGAGACCGUAUUUGAUGAUAUAUAAUAAGAAUGUGAAGAGAUGGGACCGUAUUUGAUUAUAUAUAAUAAUAAUGUGAAAAGAUGGGACCGUAUUUAAUUAUAUAUAAUAAGAAAAUUAAACAGGGAUGUUAUUUUUCAACUUUUUAUCUGAUUUGAUUUUUUGUAUGUCAAAUGGUUUUCUAAAAGUAGAUUGGAAUUGAUCUGUAAUGCUGAAAAAUUACCUUUAUUUAUGUAUGGGAAUUUUAGCUGUUUAAAGAUCAUUUCAGCGUUUAUUUUUAAAGUUUUAUCACAUCCCUGUUUGUGUACAUGAUUUACAUCUAGUACCUGUAUAGCAGUGCCCACAUUAUCAAAUUUAACUGAAAUGUUGUCAGCAUAUGUGAUACUGUUUAAUAAUCAGUUCAGAUACAUGUGAGUUUUGUGUACGUCAGUAAUAAUACAUUCUGCAUCUUAUGAGUUUUUCAUGUGUGAAAGAUGAGAACAGAUUUUUGCGAUCACAAUUGUCAUUAAGAGUGAUUUUUGUGCCUGAUAUUUUUAUCCAUGUUUAUGCGGUGUGCUUGUAUUACUGAUAUCAUUAAGCCCCUGACUAAUUUCCAUGGUGUGCACCUUUUUUAUUUGACCUACUAACACCAAGAUGUUGGAUUCGUCAAAAUUAAUCACUUAACCAAAGCCUGGGGGGGAAAUCUGUUUUUUUCCUGGAACAUGACACUAAUUAAAAAAAAAAAGGACAGAUUUGUUUUCCAGUUCAUUUUUGUUCUUGAUGCAAGUGGGGGGUUUGGGGGGGUUGGGUAUUUUUUAUUAAUUUAUUUGUGAAUAGAGUACAUAGUACAUACAUCACAUUUUAUAGGGCCCACAGGAGUGAAUGUAGAAACUUUUUUGAAAGCCAACCGACCUGUCCUAAUUAUAUUCAGCACAUUCCCUGAAACAGGCCAAACAAAUUGUAAGCUAUAGUAAAAACACAAGUCACUGUACUGAACAAAAUUAGAAACAUGAAUAUUAAUUUAGUUUUGUUUAACUUUAUUUAAAAUAGUAUUUGACUCCCAUUAGAUUUUUGUGUAAAAUUAUAAAUGUGUAUGUGAACAUUUUAGACCAAAAUGAACCAAUGAAAAAACCCAUUGAAAUGAACCAGUGACCAAAUUUAAACCAAAAUUACCAGGGAACAAAAAUAGAUAUUAUGGAUAUACAAAAUAUAAGUGAUGUCUAUUUUUAAUUAUCCAAAAACAGCUUUAAUAGUGAAACAUAUGGUGUAGUGUUUAAAAACUAGGGUCCGUCACUUUAAAUAUUCCUGUUUCUUCUUUUGUUUAGUAGUUUGCAGAUUUGAGCGAUCUGUGUGAUUUUCCCUCUUCACUACAACCCUCGGGUAUUGGCAACACAAAGGCAGGAGGCUUUAUCACUCAUUUUUCUCUCAUUCUUAAGUAUAUAUACUAGGACAAAGUUAUCCCAUGAAAGACAGCAAUCAAAGAUAUUUCUAUCUGUCAUAAGCUAUCACAUGAUUAUGCUUACAAUGGGACCUAACUCUUCAGUCUUUUUAACUUAAGCUGAAAGUUUAAUUUAAUCAAAAGAUGUCAGACUGCAAUUUUAUUCCCUUUUUCAAAAUGCACUCUUGUGUUCAAUGUAAUUAUACCUAAAGAAAGAAAUACGGGAAAUUUGGUAUUGUAGACCAUAUUUAACAACAUAAUGUUUGUAUAAAAUACCAUGAUGUAAUGUGUGAUGGACUGUCAGUAAUAUGGUUAACUUCCUCACACUAUGGAUGAGUGUGUUUGUUACAGUCAUUCAUUGCUGUCAGCAUUGGUGUCAUCCCUUAUUUUUCUUUUCAUCAGUAUAUUUUGAGUUACAUAUUUGUAUCCCAAGAUCCUUGCUAAUUUUCAUCAGUAUAUUUUGAGUUACAUAUUUGUAUCCCAAGAUCCUUGUUAAUUUUCAUCAGUAUAUUUUGAGUUACAUAUUUGUAUCCCAAGAUCCUUGUUAAUUUUCAUCAGUAUAUUUUGAAUUACAUAUUUGUAUCCCAAGAUCCUUGCUAAUUUUCAUCAGUAUAUUUUGAGUUACAUAUUUGUAUCCCAAGAUCCUUGCUAAUUUUCAUCAGUAUAUUUUGAGUUACAUAUUUGUAUCCCAAGAUCCUUGCUAAUUUUCGGAAUAAGAUCAGGGGCCUAGCUUGGCAUUUUCAGGUGGUAUGCAGACUUUUUAGGUGAUGGAAUAAAACACUAUUUGCUAAGUAUACACUCAUUUACAUCAUAUAUUUUAAUUAAAAAACAUAUUUGUAAUCUCAGGUGGUACGCAGUUGCGUACCUGCAUAUAUGGAAGCGAGUCCCCUGAAGAUGUUUAUGAAUGUUACUGUUCAAAUGCUGUGGCUGUAAAGUAUUACUGUACAGUUUUAAUUACUGUUGUUACGUAGGAUAAUAGUCCCAUACGUUUACACAGAGCAGGGUUACAAGCAUGGCAUUGUAUUUCCCUCUCUUUUUAUUUACCGUUUUCAUACAUCUGAAUCAUUUGUUAUGAUUACCAGGUAACCGUGUUGUUGCUCACAAACAGUGCAUAGCAUGAGUCAAUAGAAUCAUGUCUUCUAUUCCAGUCUGCAGCUAUUUUACCGUGUCAGCAUUUAUUUAAAGUUCAAGAUCAAAUACAUGUAUAUGUGAUCAAAUUUCCACUUGUUUUGUGGCCACCAUGCUCAAAGAUAUUAUUCUGCUACGUAUUUGGUUUUAUUUUGGUUGAUGUUGUUUUUUCCCCCAAUGACUUUUUGUGGUAAAUUAUUUUAAAUUGAUGUUUUUUUAUAUUUGGUACAGUUGUUUAUCAGGUGAGUGCUUAAACUGCACACUUCCAUUUGGGACAGAUAUUACUCAAUUUGUUUUUCAAUGCUGAUUCUUUUAAAGGAUUGGUUUCAUAAUUAGUAUGAAUGUUCAGCAUGCAGUAAGUAGUCUUUCAACUGAAUGGACCCUGGAGUUCAUGGAGCUGACCCCUAAGGUCCAGACAGUCUCAUGAUUCCUUUAAAGAAUUACUUUAAAUUAAUUUUGAUUCUUCAGCAGGUGUUUUAUUUUUAUUUAUUAUUAUUAUUAAUUUAAAAAAAAAAAAUUCUCUCUCUCUCUCUCUCGACUGCACGUUCUAUUAGAUGACUUCCAUAUUUAGAAUAAAUUUUAACCAAGUAUAUUUUUAAACUGCACAUCCCAAUUUCCAUUGAUGAGAUAUCUAGGCUUUGUAAAAAUUUGAUAACAAAUCGAAAGAAGAUUUAACUAAAAGUUUCAUUAUCCAGAGAAAAUCAGUGUUCAAUAAUUUUGGGGUUGUUUUUUCUGCAAGUCCGUGAAUAUGCAUUACAUUAUUACGAUCGACAAAUUAUUGCCCUAGACAACAGUUUAGCUGACCUAAAGUAAGGUUGUCCAUGCAUGUACCUGUGAAUACAUGUUUUUUACUAGUGUGUACACCAUCAUGUUAGCUAAGAUAAACAAUGCCAAGUUUUAGCGAAUAUCAACCACAUUAUUGUUGCAAAAUUAUGUUAUGAGUUGGUAGUGUCUCUUUAUAUUGUUACGUUGAUUUUAAUUGAACUUGUAUUCUGUGCUAAUUUUCCAAAUGUGAGCUUAUAUUUUGCUGUAGUGUUCACCAUUUAUGCUUUAGUAAUUUUGUUUUGUUUCUUUUUCUUUUUAUAUUUUUUGCAUUACAUUUUCAAGUUGGAAAACGUGCACUUUUUAUUGCCUUUGUUGACAAGGUUCCUUGAUCAAUGAGUUUGUUUAGAAAUUAUUUUCAAUAUAUAUAUUAUUAAAUUAAUUAUAGAAUAAUUAUCUGUUAUAUUUUUUUUAUUGUACAAGAUCAUACAAGAUAUAGGUUUUGUUCCAUCAUUAUAUAAUUAUGCAGGUGAUGUAGUACAUGUGCAGUAUUUAGUAUGAUAUAGUGAUGUUUGUAUAUUUGUUUUUUAAUAUUUAAAAAUAUACCACUUGUUUCUUCAAAGCUAUGAUUGGAUUUGAACUCUAUAAAGUAUUUUCUGUUACAAAUUAGAACAAUUUGGAAAGUUAAUGUUAUUCGCAGCAUCACAUUAAGAGUUUAUCAUUA